AUCAUUAUAAAUUAUAUCUAUGUUGCUUUCAGGGAUUACAAAUGAUUCUAAGGAUCCAUCUGUUGAUACUUUCCGAUCAACUACCUUACCAAUCCUGAAGCAUUUCGGAGUUCCUUCAGAAGGAUUGGAUCUGAAAAUUGAGUGCCGUGGUGCUCCUCCUCAUGGUGGUGGAGAAGUUUUUCUUUCGGUUCCUACUGUCCGAAGUAGUUUAACGGCAGUCACCUGGAUUGAUGAGGGCAUGGUGAAGAGGAUUAGGGGAGUUACUUUUUCAACAAGAGUGUCUGCUCAGUUUGGGAAUACCAUUAUACAUGCAGCUCGAGGAAUUUUUAAUCGCCUGCUUCCGGAUGUCCACAUAUUUACUGAUCAUAAAGCUGGAGCUCAAGCUGGAAAGUCACCUGGCUAUGGAAUUUCACUAGUUGCUGAAACUACUACUGGCUGCUUCAUCUCUGCUGAUAGUGCAGUGUCUUAUGCACGUGGGGAUGAAGAGGGUGAAAUUGAAGACGAAGAGAAGAAAGAGCUUAUGCCACCAGUGGAUGUUGGGGAGCAAAUUGCUUCUAUAUUGCUUGGGGAGAUUGAACAAGGAGGUGUGGUGGACUCAACACACCAGGGUUUGUUGUUCAUUCUUUGUGCAUUAUGUCCACAAGAUGUUUCAAAGGUUCGCGUAGGGAAACUCUCGCCAUAUGGAAUAGAAACACUGAGGAACAUCAGAGACUUUCUAGGCGUUAAAUUUGUCAUCAAGCCAGAUCCAUCAACAGGGACAGUCAUACUUAAAUGCGUCGGGUGUGGAUUGACGAAUUUAUCCAGAAAGGCAUCAUGACAAGUGACAGUUAAUGAUUCUUCACGGUUGAUAGGUUGCUUGUGGAUCAAAGUAUAUUCAAAGAGCCUGUCGUGCAUGUAUGCAUGUUUUAUUGGCUUGCAA